AUUUGUGCCAUGCUUUUAUAUAAUUUCCACUUCAAUUUUCAUCCUUUAAGGAUAAAUAUAAUAAACUGCUGAGCCUAAACUGGAAAUGCACACUCGUCGUUCUCUGAAGGAUAAAUCCACUUGACAGUCUGAUAGAACAUCGUAUCAGUGACCACAGUCAGUGACUCUUUGUUUUUUUUAACUUCGUCAAAGGUUCGGCCGCAGCGGGCAUUUCCGGAUGCAUGACGAUGCGGAACGAUUGUUCUCCGACUGAAUGAGAGAGGAAAAGAGCAACUUGUAAAAAUUUGCAAGUUGUCAAAACAUUGUGUCAGAAUUCACGUUUAUUUAUUCAUCUAGAAGAAACCGGCUAUACGGCUUCGUGGAAGGAGCGCCUUGCAGGGCGAGUUUUGAAAUAAUUUGCGGGGUCUUUUGUUGGGAAGCAUGGACACAUUUGGUAAUAUAUACUGGCCCGAUUAAAUGACAUGAAACGGUAAUUGCCUUAGCUUUUAUAUAAAAUACGCGUCUCGCUGCUUUGUCCUAGGGCUUGGCUAGUCGGUGGUUUUCUGUGAAAACUGUUUUGAGAAAGAAAGCCAUUACGUUGUGUAGCUGUCAACAGGCAACGAUUUAGGCAGUCGGGACAAUUUUGAAGCGUCUAACCAACAGAUUUUAGAAUAGCGGCCGAGGAUUAUGGCAUUUAAAACAAAACAAUAUCAUUUAUGUUUACACUAGAUUGUUCGACAAAAGCUGCCAGAAAUUCUGUUUGUCGGGUGUGUUAUUUGAUUUGACAUAGCGAUACACUGAACAAAGUUUAUUUUAAGGUUAAAAACUUGAUCGAUGAUUGAAAUUGUUGUGUGAUUUUUUUCUUUUAUAGUGGUAAUAUAAUCCGUGCUUUUCAAAUCCAUCGAAGGAAGCGUGUGUUUGGCAUUCAAAGAAGAGCUCGACGUCUUUGUAUUGUAGUCCACAUGGUUUGAAAUUGUGGCAUUUCAAGAGUUUACGUCUAGAAAUUUCAGGUUAAUAUAAAAUGCGGAUGUUUUCGUAGUAAAUUUUGAUACAAAUUUUCAAUAUGUGUUUGAUAAUAAUUGACACAACAGCAACAAGGUCUAGAUAAAAGUCUGUGAAGAGGAACACGGCUCCCAGCAGUGAUAAACAAUCACUAAAGCAGCGAGAAGAUUUGUUAUUCGUACUUGUGUAAAAUAAUGCACUUGGAGAUGUCUAAGACACAACAAAGUCGUGUGAAUAUGUCAUCAAAAAGACAAGGCAUCGUCUACAAUGGCGACGAGCAGACCUCGCAGUUCGACGGGCUGCCCACAUCUUUGGUGCGAGGGUACAACUAUUCGACCGGUCAUAACGGCGAAAGUAAUGCUUCGAAUCUUGUAAAAUACAACAAAGAGGACGAGACGAGGAAAAGUACGGGUUCUAUCCAUAAUUUUGGACCGAAUCAAGAAUACAUUCAUGUCCGUAGCUCAAGCGAUACGAGCGAAAUUAAUAUGAUGCCGGCGUCAUAUGCCACUCGAAUGAACGAUGAAAAAAAUGGCGAGCGCCCAGAACGACCUACUUCAGGGGACAAUUUUCAAGCCAUUAUACAGCGUUUUGAAAACGCUAGCUUUCAAGGACAAUUGGGACAAAGGCUUACGAAUUUGACAACAAAGAAAGGGAAUGACCGCACAGAUUGGGGUGGCAGUAAACUAUUUAAGUCGCCUCGGACAUCGGGCACUGCAAGUCCUAUUUCGGACAAGAAAGCAUACCUGAACUUAAAACGCAAAGGUUCUCUUAAAGCUAGCGCUGCCAGGAAGAGCAAGUCCGACGAGAGAGGAAUUAUAAUAGACGAACGAAAUUGGGAAAAGCCCAGAAAGGCUUUUGCCCACUACGAUGUACAGAGCGCUGCUUUUGAUUUUGAAAUUAUUGCAAACAACAUUUCAAAGAGUGGCGAUUGUCUCCGGCGAAAGAAUACAAUCACAGGAGCGUCUGCUGCGUCGGGCCGUGAAACUGCGGCCGUCAUUGCUGACAAGAGUCAAGCAAUUGAAACGACGUGUAGCACUAAUGAAGAGCAAGGGGAUAAUAAGACUAACGAGCUCGUUCUCUCUUGUCCGUAUUUCCGUAACGAGCUCGGUGGCGAACAGGACGAAAUAUUUGGUGAAUUCAAGUAUAAUUCAUCGUAUAAGACAUCAAAUGUGCAGAAGAGCUCAAAUAAGAGACAUUCGACCCUUGACGUUGUGCUUACCGCAUACGAUUCGAUAAGGCGUGGCCAAGCGUUCAGCGCGACCGGCGUGACCAUAUUGGAUUCGCAUAUGGCGCACGGCGAAGGUAACGAGCCUGCAGACCUGUGUAGCAUGGAGGAUCGGAAAAUGUUCGAACAUGUUGACCAUGGUGCAUUUUAUUACAGACACUACUUUCUUGGUCAAGGUAUAAUUUUGAAUUUAUUUGGUUGGUAUCUCCCUGGGGCCGGUUGUUCAAAGGCGAGUUAGCACUAACCCUCGGUUAAAAUGUAACCCUCUGUUUUGGUUUGUGUACUUCUGCAUGUCCGUUUAAUUCAAAACGUCAGAGAAGUAAUCUCCUAUUGACCCAGACAGGAUUUCCGAAGAAACAUUUCCAAAUUUAUAGACAAGCUGUCAGGAAGUUUGCUUUGAAUUUUAGGUUAACCUAGGGUUAAGCUAACCCAGCUUUGAACAACAAGCCCCUGAUGAGUAAAAUCGUCUGGUGUUAGACAGAGUAAAAUAAUAAAGUAAGUUGCAUUAGGGCGCAGUGCAACUAAUGAGUUAAUAUCAACAUCUCAUUAAAAAUUCAUCUUCCUGAGUACAGGUUUGCCAAUCUAUUAGUAAUUUAUGAGAAUUUUUAGUCUUCUUCAUGAGAUCUUGUCACAUGGAUAUGAUCUCAUUGAUCGAGAUGCUUGACCACAUGUUGGAUAUUGAAGUAGACAGGACAGGUGGUUUCAUUCAAAGAUGUUUUUCCACUUGAAUGCUGGGUUUGGUGGAUAAUGAGUCGUUCCAGAAAAGAUCCAUACUCCCCCCACGGAGGAAAUUUCUGCCCUUUGGAGGAGGAGGGGAGAAAAAAUUAUUUCUGAUGCUAGUAAAUGUAUUAGGACAUCCGAAGGGGGUAGGGGGUUAACUAACUUAACUUCCUAUUUCCUCAGUGGGGGUGGUGUUUUCUGGAAUGACCCAAUUAUAUAUAUGCACAAUUUUAAGACCUAAUCAGGAACGGUUGUGAAAAAUGCGACACUAGGUCCUCAGGCAGGAAUUGAACCUGUAGCCAUUCAGGUUGUUUCAUGCCUGUGGGUUUUAUUUUUGUGGAGGUUGCCAAUCAUUGAAUGAAGCUAGUCACAGCCAAUAUAACUCUAGGAGGCUUAGAUAGCUACCAUACCCAUAGGCAUAUAGGAGGAAAAAUUCGGGACCAGACAAAAGUUUGCCUUGAUAUUCAUGGAAUUUGCCCGACCAAUAGACAAAUUUCAGAAUUCUUAAUUCAACUACAUGUAAGUUUUGAAGGGCACAUUUGAAUUUAAAGGCGGCCGCUUAGACUAUGGAAGUUGUGUCUCUUCAUGGCCAAUUUAAUCCUCAACGUUUUCACUACUACGUUUUCACUUUAACAAUUAAAAUUGUAUUUAACCCAUUGAGCCGCAAUGGGCCCCAGUGCGCCCCACUUAUUUUUUUACUUGGGGAAGCUCUGUAGCUCAAGGGGUUAAAUAGUAAAAUAACAAAUACGAGGAUAUAAGAGUUUAUUGCAGGUUAAUGGCCAAAAGAGAAAUUAGCUUGUCAUGCUCAUGACAAUUUCUUUACAGUGAAAGGUUUUUGUAGAUGAAAAGCUACAAAGUCCAGUUGUCAAGUUCACUGAUCAGAAUGCUGCACCAUAAUUGCAGGGCCACAACAUCGAUUUCUGCCAGAGGGACUAUAUGAAUUUGUCAUUGAGUAUUAUUUAUUUUUUUUCGUAUAUAAUAGUCUGGGAUUAUAUUUAGAUUCGGGGUGUGGGCUGAAAUGCUAAUUAUGUACAUAUUGACUUUGUAAUAUUAGUGCUUCAGCAUGCACAAGUUUUUAUGCAUUUUCCAAUAGCUUGUCAAACCUUUGCCAUCAUACAGUAUUAAGCCCUUAUCUAUGACACAUGUACUCAAAAUAACCAAGAACCAACUUUAUUAGGAUGGACUUUUAAUCAGUAUCUUUCCCUUGUCAAAUUUAGUGUUGUUUGCCAAAAUUCAUUAUUGUUAGCCUGUAUAUUUAGCAGGUAGAGAUAUUGGGCUAAUGAAUUAUAUGUCCUGCUGUACAUGCACGAGUGUGCUUUCAAUUUCUUAUACAACAAAGAGGAGGAUGCCUCAUUUCUUUGCAAAUAAGUUUUCCAUAGUAAUAACUAAAGACAGGGUUAAAGAUGCGGUACAGUCCGAUCUGCACAUGUGCACAAAGGAGCCCUCUUUUUAUUUAGAAACAGUUUAUUUGGGUUUUUAUUUCAUUUUAUGUUCUUGCAAAGCUUGAUUGUUGUCUGUUGAUAAUUUAUUAUACUCUAGAAUCAUGAAAAUAUAAAUAGUUGUCGAAUAAAAUUCAUUAUUUUGGAUACCGAAAUGUAAACAAAGUCUUUGUUUACAUACGGACUGUACCGCAUCUUUAAGUCUGUUCUGCACAUGUGCUAUGUGAGGAUCCUGUUUCAACAUCUUCUAAAUGGAAAUUCUAAUCUAUAUUUAUUAAAAAUCAUAGCAAACCAGAACGAUGUUAGAUAUUAACUACAAAUGUUUUUAUGAAUACAGUGUCUUCAAAAUGUAAACAAAAUGCAACAUCCUCUUUAUUAACCCAUUAAGUGUCAGUGCUCUUCCCUUGACAAGUAAAGUCAUCUGGUGUUAGACAGGGUAAAAAUAUUAAAGUAUGGCGCAUUAGGGUGCAAUACAACUUAAUGGGUUAAGUCAAAGAUGAGUUAGAUAAGUCAUGAAGUGAUCAUAAGUCAUGACCCUCAGUAUCUCAUACUAAUCUGUCAGACUCGAAUGAUUCCAGAUGUAAAUUUUGAUCUAGGCAAGAAGAACAAAAUCCAUUAACACAUUAUGUGGAUUUUGGAUUCUGUUGUUCUUGCCUAGAUCAAAAUUUAGUCUAUAGCCUGGAAUCAUCCAUUGCAUCGUCAUUAGACAUUACUCAAAAUAAUGGAAAGUCAGUCUGUUCUAUGAAAAUGUAACUUUAGAUGAACUCCUAAUUAGUGUCUCAUAUCAUAUAUCGUGUUUGCCAUAAUGAUAUAAUAUCAAUAUUGUUAGCCUGUCAAUACCAGGUAGAGAUAUUGGACCACUAAAAGAUAUGUUCUGUUGCACGAAGCAUGAACAUACUUCUAAUUUAUACAACAAAGAGGAAGGCACCUCAUUUCCUUGCAGAUAAUUUUCCCGUUGUAAUAAUUAAGUUAGAUAAGUCGUGAUAUUUUCAUCCAUAACAGCAGGGAUGGAGUGGCUCACUGGGCUAACUGGAGAUUUUCUCAGCUGGGUCCUCAGUAGCUUACUAUUUUACAUUGGGCUGGUUAAAAGUCAUAGUGUUUCAACGAAGUUUGUACCUUAUAAGGGGUCUACACUGCCACAAAGAAGCUUUGAUUGUAUAAACCACCAGACUUUAUGGACUAGGGCUCUGACUUGUCCACAGUCCCCCCAAAUCACGCUUAAAAAAAUUUAUAAUGAUCCAUGGGAUAGCAUUCCCAUCAUUCAAUAUGGAAUGAGCAACUAGAUGAGUAAGGACUAGAGGCACUCUGUCUCUAAUUACCAGCUUGUUCUGGAGAGCCACACCCUUAUUCAAAACAGGUGUAAAUUUGGACAAAAUUUCGUUGACGAUUUCAGAUAGUAAGAUCAUUGCCAAAAUGGAAGCAACUAUUAACCCAUUACUGUUACUUCCAAAUCAUCCUCAGAGAUACGAAAAACUAGUUUCAUAUUAUUCUGACACUGCAAUCGAGCAACGAAAAAUUCGUUGGCUCGAGCGGGAUUUGAACACGCAUCUUCGGGUGUAUCUAGACCGCCGCCCGCUCUACCCAUUGACUAGAUAGCUCAAUGGGUAGAGCGGCGGUCUGGAUACCCGAAGAUGCGAGUUAAAAUCCCGCUCGAGCCAACGAAUUUUUCGUUGCUCGAUUGCAGUGUCAGAAUAAUAUGAAAUUACUGUUACAUUGUGUUAUUAUUAUUAUCCAUCUAACGCCAGAUGAUUUUGCUCGUUAACGGGAGAGCGCUCACACUCAAUGGGUUGGUGAUACUUUGCUCAAGGUCAUGCAAUUUUAUUCACCUACUCGGUGAUAAGCCAGUCUUUGUCCUUGCCGUCAUUAGAGCGAAGUGAAGCUCGAUCUAUCUGAUCCAAUAUUAACGUUCAUUUUAGAUCAUGUUAACUAUGUCGGUGAAGACGAUAAGUUUGGUGCCAUGGCGAUCUCUUACAAGCGAGAAAAAACAGAAAUUCCUCUGAACAAUGAGGAUGAUGUUACUAUCAGUCAAUAUGAAUAUCGAGUUAUUGUCAGAACCAGUGAGGUACGUGUAUUAGCUAUUAUUGUCGAUUUCAAGUCACUUUUCAACGGUUACGCGCGGUUCCCAAGUUCGUUGCGAACUUGCCAAUUACGUUUCCAAGUUCGGAAAUUGGGCGCGAACUUCGCAACAAAGUUCGCAAGUUCAUUUCAAUUUUUGAACUUCGUUUGUAAACAAAUGUUCAUACUCAAUAAUAACCAAUUCAAUGAAAUACAAACCUUCUUGGUAGCCCACUGGACCAAGAACAUUCCAUUGAAUUGUUAAUUUCAACUUGAACUAUGAACAUUUGUUCACAAUAGUUCAAACAUUGAAAUGUACUUGCGAACUUUGUUGCGAAGUUCAUGCCCAAUUUUUGAACUUGGAAACAUAGUUGGCAAGUUCGCAACGAGCUUGGGAACCGCGCGUUAAAAAGUGACUUGAAAUCGACAAUAAGAAGAGAAUCUUUUGUAUGUUACGUAACACGUAUGUUGCGUAACACUUCGUUAUGAGUAUAUUCAUAUCUUUAAUUCUUGAUUUGUUUCUCCUGCGGGAAACAAACAUAGAGAGUAUGUUUAGUGCUUUAUCUGUAAAAUUAUGCCACAAUGAAGAUAUUUUAGAUGGUACCCCAAAGAGAAAAUUAUUGCUGUAUAUAAAUAUGACGUCAGUUUUACAGUAUUAAUGUUAAUUGUAUUCAAAUUGACAAUAUUUAACUAUUAUUUUGCGUUUCUCGUCAGAUACAUUGAAAAAGUUGCUAACCGUGUACAUUACAAAAUAAAGCUAAAACAAAGUAAUUUUGAGAGGAACGCCAAAAAAGAUUUGUAUAGGUAAUCAUGCGAUGGCGAAUACAAUUUGGGAUUAAUAGUACGAGUGAUGUUUGGAAAUUUUGCCAAAUUUCCAAACAUCACGAGCACUAUUAAUCUCUAAUUGUACGAGCAACAUCGCAUGAUUACUUGUUUAUUAUUAGCAUGACAAAAUUGCAUACUUCUCAAUGUCAACAUCAUAUUCUCUCGCCAAAGCGCAGUCCUGCCAAACUUUGAACUAAAAUUUGGUGCUUUUGUUUGUUUUGGGAAAAUCAUUAAUUGUACUGCAGUACAACUGUCUCUCUGUAGCAGUGGCGUAGCCAGACCUUCAUUUUUGGGGGGGGGGGCGAGGCGAACGCCGAAGGCGCGAGACCAUCUAGGGGGUUCCGGGGGCAUGCACCCCCGGGAAAAUUUUGAAAUCUAGAGUCCCUGAAAUGCGAUUUCAAGCAUUUUGGGGGUGAAAUCUUGCAGAAUUCCGAAGAUUAUAAGGUACAUCGAAGACAUAAAUUUUCCAGACAUUUCUAAUUUUCUACUCGGAAUUAAAUAUAUUGGAACAGUCACCUUGAAAAACAGGAGGAGCCGGUCAGCGUCACCUUAUUUCCCCUCUGUGAUGCUGCAUGGGGUAGAAAAUCCCAAUGUGAUUUUGAUCAGAAAUGUUGCAUUUAAACGAUACAGAAUAAGUCUGAGAAGAAUAUUCAUGCUAUGAUAAUGCAUACAUGUAAAUCUACACUAAAUCUAUUCUUCUUCGAACCAUAUAUCUACAACUGCUUUAACGAGAUUUUACAAAUCAAGUUCCUCCAUUAUAUCGUCGUUUUCCUCAGUCGAGACGUACUUAAUCAGUUUCAGCUUCGAGGAUGUAACGUGUACCCCCUCCCCCCCAUUUCUCUACGGAUUUAGCCUUUUUCAGAGAAUGGUGUUUUUUUCGAUUGGGGGGGGGGGGCGACCGCCCCCCCUCGCCCCCAUCCCCUUGGCUACGCCACCGCUCUGUAGCCCAGUUGGUUAGAGCGCUGCAAUGGAAUCGCAGGGCCGCAGGUUGAAUUCCUGCCAGGGACCUAUGUUGCAUUUUUCGCAGCUGUUCCUUGGGAGGUCUAAUAAAUGUUUAUAGAAUUUCCACUCGAUAAUUUCCAUCUACAAAACCCUCCAACUAUUAUUCGAUCGAGUGCGAUGCCAACAAAAUCUUAGUAAACAGUAAAGUCUUUUGGGUUCCGAAUGGCGAAUGCGUCGGAAUUAGAACGCAAUUAGAACGCAAUUUGGAAUGCGUGGGAACGAUAAUCGGAAUACAAAUGCAACACAUUUGAAAACGUGUCCAGACGCAUUUUCGCUCAGAUAAUAUUGAGUACUGUUUCAAAAAUUUGAAGGGUGUUUUUAGUAUUAUUGAAGGCUGCAGGUCUGUUACUGUUAGUUGGCAAUAUGUGCCUAUUGGUGUUUAAAAAAAACCAGGAGAAAGAGAUGAAAUCUUAAACAUAGAUAGAAACACGAUUAGGAUCUAGGGACUCAGUUUGUUGAAACGAUUAAGCCAUGGGCGUUGCAUGUGAUUUAGAAAAUGUGAAGAUUAUAGGAUUUACACGUUUUGUAACUUAUAAUGCGGAUUACUAGCGUCGAAUCGAGACCGCCAGAGGCUAAAACUUGUUGCAGACAGCAGGUUUUUCUACGACAAGUUUUUAUAUAAAAUUUUUUUUGCUUAUCUGCAUGGACAAUUUUGUCAAUUUUCACUGUGACAUGUACACUCAUUCAAAAGUUAGUAUGCCAUCCUUUGAACAAGUGCACUUAAUUCAUUCCAUAGAAAAGGUAGAAAAAAAUUUCAAAUUACAAAAAAUCUUGUUCGUCUGUAUGGGCCGACAAAGAAAAUUUGGCAAAGUAAUUUGAGCACUUGCAUGGUCAACUUUUAUUGUGUGAAUGCUGGCGACAUUCAACCUGAUUAAAUUCCUAAUGGAUUAAUCCACACACUUUCUCCCGAAAUUUUUAUCUCUGGAUUGACUAGAGCAGCUUUUCAAUAGCGACGCAAGCAUGGCCUUUCAGGCUGUGGCAAUUCAAUAUUUUUAAUCAUGCAUGUGCCUCCCUGUUACUUCAAAGGGUAUUGCCGCGUACUUGAGCUGGGACAAAACUAAGACUCAUGGUGUACUUAGUCUUUAAAACGAAGUACAUAAAUUACAUGUUUUUGAAAGGUAUUCAUUCACUAACCUGUAACUAUGAGUUAGAACUAGCAGUAAAAUUGCUUAUAACAAAACACUACAUACAAUCGACUCCAAUAUUCAUUGGUCCCAUCCCAUCAGUCCAAUGCCAAGACAUGUCAGACUUAUACACAUAUAGCUGCUUAAUUACGGUUCCGAUUAUUGAAUGGCUUGGAAAGGUCAUGCAUACGAUGCCAGAAAAAGGUAGCGAGAGUUCCGUGUACCUCUAUAGAAAAGAAGUACUACUCCGGUAUUUAUCUUUCUCUUGUGCUCAUCUCGACGCAAGUGACGCAUAUUACAUGCAUUUCUUUGUGUAUCCCGUCAUUGUUGCGGAAAUGUUGUUUUGCUAUGUCUCCCAAAGUUUGACAGACCAGGAAAUAAUAUUUCCGUAAAACAGAAUAUGUUUCCCAAAUUGUUGGGAAAUCUUUUUGCCGCAUGGGAAGCAAAUUCUGCAGCUCUGCUACCAAGUUUUCCCCGUACCUAUGCUUGGGUUUGUGUGAGCUAAUGAAAAUCAAUGUUAUUGUAAAGAAAGUGCAAUUGUUAUUUGUUCUCUAGAUGGAAACUUUGCGAGGAAGCGUACUUGAAGAAGGUAUUCCAUCCACUUCACGUCAUAAUACGGCACGAGGUUUGCCUCCAAAGGAUAUUUUAGAAUAUGUUUGCCCUGAGAUCAAUAUCAAUUCACUGAGGUUGGCUGCAGGUGGACCAAAGGUAAAAAAAGAUUAUAGCACUUUUUUUAUAUUAUUUCAUACAGAUUAUAGCACGUCUUUAUAUCUGUUCAGCGAUAUAGUGAUAAAUAACAAUAAAGACUUUAUUUAAACUGCUAAAAAUCCCAUCAGCAAUGCUGCUGGUAUUAACGGGAGAACCGUGAUUACAAUUAUCAACGUUACAAUUAUUUUAUAUACAAUAUAAACAUGCAUAUUCUUAUACAUUACAAAUAUGAGACAUACGCCCGUAUUCUAAAAGCUCACUCGCACUCAGUGAGUGGAAGUUUAAUCUGAGCUUCUCUCGGGUGUCACUGCUGUUUUUGAAUAGCUGGAGGGUUAGUGUAAUUAUACCUUACUAUGCGACUACUCACCCUCCAGCUUGCGCAAUUGAAAAUGUACUUCCAUUGAUAUAUGCGCAAUAUAAAUUUUAUAGUAAUAGUAAUAAUAAUAUUCAAAAUCAGCAUUGACACUCAAGAAAAGCUCAGAUCGAACCUCCACUCAUUGAAUGUGAGUGAGCUUUUAGAAUACAGCCGUUAUUGUCAAGUUCUAAAAGAUGCGUAUAAACAGUACGUGUAAAUUUUGAGAAGGAUAUUACUUCUAUAAUGUUUAAAGGUAAAGAGUUCCAGUCUUUAGCACCAGCAUACUUGAAUGUUGAUUGACCUAUUGCACUGUUCACCUUCGGAAGAUCAAGCAGCAUCUUAUCCCUCAGGUCCAUAGAUACUGUAUCUUAUAUAUAAGAUAUUUAUGCUCAGGUCUUUGUUGUGCAUGCAACGUUUGAAUUUGAACGUAUCUCUCAGUUGGCAUAACGUGUAUCACAGAUCUUACAGAAUUACUUUUGCCUACGAUUUUGCUGUCUCUAUAUGUUCCUAGCCACUGCGCUUGUGAGUGGCAUUCACCCUCUCUAGGAAGAAGCUCUAGGAAGAUGUUCUGUGCCUGGUUGCUUAUGACAAUGACAAAAGACGUAAUUGGCUUACGAUAAACAAAAGGAAUAUUGUUCUUGCUUCGUUCUUUAGAAAAUCCAUUCAAUUGCUUAUUCUUUUGUCAUUGUCAUAAUCAACCAAUCACAGAACAUCUUCCUGGAGCUUCGUGCCGACCCGAAAAUAUUCGAAAUGGCAGACGAUUAGGGGGGGGGGGGGUGAAUGCCUCUCAUGCGCACUGGCUAGGAACAUGGCGAGUGCAUUUCCAUGACGUAUUAUGGCGUGGCGGCGGUUAUACGCUUUUUUGGCUGAGUCGGCUUUCUGUAUUGUGUCUAUUCUGUGGCGGUAUCUUAAGUUCUUAAGUACAUGCGUUAUUGUUUUCUUUUAUUAAAUGCUUUGCUUUGUAUGUUUCUUUUGUAGGUGCCAGAAAUACUUUUAAAGUUAGAUGAACAAGGGGUAGGUUGUCCAUAUAAAAUUUUUGCAUAUGAAUUUGAAUUUGAACGAGAUUUUUUAAAGUUCGCCGAGCAAAUGCGUACUAUUGCAUUGGCUUACAUCUCUGGUAAUGUUUCUCUUGCAGGUAACACGUCAACAUAAGAUUGGUAUACUCUACUGUAAAGCUGGUCAAAGCACGGAGGAAGAGAUGUACAAUAAUGGUAAGGUGUCGGGACUUCAAUUGCGCGCGUGAAGUUGUUUCUACUUAAACUUAAGCUCUGGUGAAACGUGUCAUGAAGUCAAGAGCGACAAUCCAUUCCAAACAGUGGGGAGAAGCCGGCUAACAGUCGUAAUUUAUUAUAAGUUAUAUUACGAAUGUCCCAUGAGAGUUGAUGAAAGUUGGCAAGCGAGAGUUUGCUGCAUGAGAGUUUUCUCAACUCGAGAACAGUGUUGCAUGAGAGUUGAUGAAAGUUGAUUAAAGUUGACUAGAUACUACCGUGCGCGUGGCGAAAACUUGAAUCACUUCUCAUUAAAAUUUGAACCUGCUCAAAGUUGAUGAGAGUCUGUGGGCAAACGCAAGCGAGAUUUGCUGAUUUCAUCAACUUGAAAAACAUCACCCAUCCUUGUUAGACUGGGCCUUUACUGUACGUUUCUAUGUUAAUGAAGAACUCCAAUAAAUUCCUUGGCGGUUUGCAUAGCGAUAAACAUAUAAUUGGUUCAAGGGCACAUUUUAAUUUUUUUACUGUCGUUCCAAUUGAAGUGUUCCUCAAAUAUCCCGAGGUAGUGUAUUGAAUCAAUAUUUGAGGAACACUUCAAUUGGAACGACAGUAAACGAGGGGUGGAAACAUUUGUAGUGGGGUGCAAGCGGCACCACCGAACGAACUUCGGCAGGGGUUAGGCGUUCACACAAAAUAGGAGGGGUGAAGCGAAAUUUUAGUGAGGUUGAACACUUUAUAAGAGGGGUAAGAGAGAUUCUGGGGGGGGGGGUUAACCCCCUAACCUUCCCCCAGUAAAUCCGCCCAUGAAUUGGUUUCUUUUUACACAAAUUAUAUUUCACAAACUUUCGGUUCGUGAUUUGAUUUGUAUACUACUUAAUUUGCACUGAUGAAAAUCCAAGCAAUAGCAAAUACGGAUUGAAAGCGAGGAAAUCUGAUGUGUUUCAAAAAAAUCUUUUGCUAGAUAGAGGUUUGUUUCCGUUUCUUAUAGAAGAGUCAGGACCGGCUUUCAAUGAAUUUAUGGAUCUGAUUGGAGAACGUGUUGUAUUGAAAGGUUUUGAAGGUUAUAGAGCACAGCUCGACAACAGAAGUGAGUUGCGAAAAAUUUUGAGUUGAAACUCUAAAAUUGUGUGGUUGAAUCUUUCGAUGUAAUUAAAAACAACCCUCUUGUGUUUCAGAUGACUCCACUGGCGUCUACUCGCUGUAUCGCACGUUUCGUGGUAGAGAAGUUAUGUUUCAUGUUUCGACUAUGUUACCUUGGACACCAAACAAUAGACAACAGGUAUUUAUAGGAGAGACUGCAGGGAUAUGUGUUUGGUUAACACUUUAACCACACUGUUAAUUUCAAGAUUUUAACUCCACCUGAGGAGUAGCCCGCUUAGCAGCCGAUUAUAUUUUGGGGGGAGGUGGAAUUCUGCUACGCAGGCUACCUGAGGGGUUAAAACCACAAAAGGGAAGUUAAAAUACUGGAGUAAAAUUUACUCCAGAAAAGGAGUCAUUAUUUAUUACUCCUCUUUUGGAGUUUCAUGUAAAUUGACUCCCCGUAAUUACACUGUAACAGUGUUUGGUAAUUAUUGUCGAUUUCAUAUUACUUUUCAAAGCGCGGUUCCCAAGUUUGUUGUCAACUUGCGGGAACUUCACAACGAAGUUCGCAAGUUCAUUUCAAAGUUCGAACUUCGAUUGUAAACAAAUGUAAAAAUUUUAUUUAUAAAUUUAUUUAAAAAGGCAUUUUUCGUCUUGGGAGACCACUGGACCAAUAUUUUACUGCAGUAAUAUGUACAUAGGGCCUUAUACAGUAAUUUCAACUUCAACUAUGAACAUUUGUUUACAAUCAAAGUUCGAACUUUGAAAUGAACUUGCGAACUUCGUUGCGAAGUUCCCGCCCAACUUCCGAAUUUGGAAACGUUGCGAAGUUCCCGCCCAACUUCCGAAUUUGGAAACGUAAUUGGCAAGUUGACAACAAACUUGGGAACCGCUCUUUGAAAAGUAAUAUGAAAUCGACAAUAAUAUCAAAGCAUUAGUUUCUUCAUCUGACAAAUUUCUGCAGAACGAAAACAAGCAUCUGGAACGAUUUGUCACAAAUCUGAAAAGAAUCAACUUCUGCCAAAAGGACGGGCUUCCAUUCAUUGCGAAACGUUGCACGAUUGACUGUUUCGGUCGCAAACCGUCGAUCGUGCUGAAUUUUGCAACGAUUGUGAAUCCGUAUAUUGUCGAUUUCAGAACGCCCUUUUCAAAGCGCGAUGCCUAUGAUGGUUGUGAAUAUUCUCAAUUACGUUUCUGAAUUUGUAAUAUUGUGCGUGGAAGUUGCAAAGCCAACUUCGCAAGCCGCUUACUAAAUUACCAAACUACUGAACAUAAACUCGUAAUUUUAUAGAGUCUUACUAACAUAGCCAACUAAUUGAACGUAUUUCUUAAAUGCUUUAAUAAAUAGAAAAUUUGUUGGUCAUGUUAAUAAUAAAUUCGUCAAAUUUGUUGGCCAUGUUAGUGAAACACUGCAAAUUCCGAUCAAUACUUCGGUACUUUUGUGAGCAACUUGCGAAGUUAGCUUUAAUGCAAUUUCCACGACAAAUGAUCGAAAUUUAGAAACGUAUACUUGGGAAUAUUCACAGCACAUUUUGGAAUCGCGCUUUGAAACUCUUAAUAAAAACCCCUAAUGUAUUCGUUUUCAUUCCUUCCAGCUACUGCGCAAACGACACAUCGGCAAUGACAUCGUGACCAUCGUGUUUCAAGAACCGGGUGCAUUACAGUUCACUCCAAAGAAUAUUCGCUCACAUUUCCAACAUGUGUUUAUCCUAGUCCGCGUGUUUGAACCUUGUACACCCAACACAAGAUAUCAGUAAGUUGCGGAAAAUGUCUGUCUCAAUAUAAAGGCCCUGUCACACUAUUGCGUAUGAGAGAAACGUAUGAAAAGCGUAUGAAAAUUAAUGAAAUAAUUUUCAUACGCACAAAAAUCCUUUGAAAUGCCAGCGUAUGAGUACCGUACAUCUGGCGUACCUCUAGGGUAUUCAGCGUGUGCCUAGAGUAUGCUUAUCGUAUAAAGCAUACGUCCGAUACGCACAAAAUUUUUGAACAUGCUUAAAAAAAAUUCUGCCUCGGCGUAUGCCAGCGUAUGCCACCGUAAGCGACCGUGCUUGAAACGUAUACAACGUAUGCCUAACGUACCCCUAGCGUAUGUCAGCGUAUACCGGCGUAUGAGUGAUAUUUUUCAUACGCUGGCAUACGCUAGUACGAUACGCAAUAGUGUGACAGGGCCUUAAGGGAUGACUUUCCCUAUCGCCAAAACAAGAAAUGUUCACUCUAUAUACUAUUUAACGGACAUUGGCAAUAAAAAAUAGUUUAGUUCAUAUGAAAGAACUCUUCAAACUAUAUAUUAAACUCUGUUACAGAUUGUUUAUGUCCUGCUUAGUUUUCAAAAUAUUUCGACUGAAAAAAGUGAGCUGUUCGCCAUCUAUUGAGGAUAUGCAUGUUACGUCAAGAGAGGGGUCACGCGCUAAUUUUUUAUCUUGAGAGUAAGCGAUCAAUAUGGGUCCAAAACUUCGUUUCUGGUUGCUGUCUGAAAUUUAGAAAUGAUUAAAACAUUUCAAACAAUUUUGAAUUGUUACUCGGUCAUUUUAUAUGGUUAACCUACUGACGUCAUCAAAACCACAGUAUAUAAAACCAAGAAUUAGUCUAAGAUGGCAGACAGCUCAUUAAUUUCGGUCUAAAUAUUUCGAGAACUAAGCAAGAUAUGACAAAUCGGUAAUAGAGUUUAAUAUAUAAUUUUAAGAGUUCUUUUGAAUGAGACAAAUUAAUUUUUUUUUGCCAAUAUCCUUUACGCUCUGUUUGAAUUUUUAUUGUUAGAGUGGCUGUAAGUCGUUCGAAAGAUGUGCCCGCGUUUGGUCCACCGAUUCCAGCUGAAGGAGUUUUCACAAAUAUGGAAGGCUUCAAGACGUUUUUGAUUACGAAAUGUACGCAGAAUCAAGAAUUGUAUAUGUAUAUUCUGUAUUUUACAGACACAUGGCAUUGUUGCUUCUGUGUAGAGCGAGAUACAUAAAUAUUUAAUAAUGAAUGAUCAAUGUUUUUAGUGAUAAACGCCGAGAAUGCCGCCCACAAGUCGGACAAAUUUCGCGCCAUGGCAGUGCGUACUCGACACGAGUACCUCAAGGAUCUGGUGACGAAUUACAUGACCAGUACCACUGUGGAAACUGGGGCCAAGUUUGGUAUGUGAAUGUUUAUUGUAGGAUUUUAGUGUACAUUUUACCGAGCAGCAGAAUGGUAGUCAACUUCAAAAUCUUUGCACUUUGCAAGAGCAAGAAAAUUAUAUUCACUGUAUCAUCAUUCGUUGCCGAUUACAAGACUUGUUUGUACCUAUAAUGAAAGAUUAUUUGAUGUUUAAGAGGCAAUUUUUUUCAUUGUCACGUAUUUGCAAUCAAAAGUGUUCAAAAGCUAAAAUCGUUUUGGCGUUCCUCUCAAAAUUACUUUGCUUUUAUAGCUUUAUUCUCUAGUUUAUAGAGUUAGCUACCUUUUUAAAUGCAUCUGCCGGUUGAGAAACAUAAAAUAAUAGUUAAAAAUUGUCAAUUAAAAUACAAUUAUCAUUGAUGCUUUAAACUGACGCCUGCAUAUUUAUAGCCAGAUAAGAAAAACUUAUUGAACUUCAGACAUAAUUUUCUCUUUGGCGUAUCAUCUAAAAUCUCUUCAUUUUAGCAUUAUUUUACAGAUAAAGCACUAAACAUACUUUUUAAGUUUGUUCGCCGAUUGAGAAAUGUAUCGAAAAAUAAAAAUUUUGAAUUUAGUCAUAACCUCAAGUGAUAUAUUAUACGCAUUAGUUUUGAGCGCGUGUUACGUAACAUACAAAAAAAUCUCCUCUUAAUUACACACACAUCGAAAUGAAUUACAAUGUGUUUACAAGUUUACGAUGUUUAAAAAUAACAUAGUCAUAUAGAAAUCACAAAAUUAAACUGAGCUAAAAGAAGUUGAGAUUAAUUACAGUCAAAUCCGGUGUUGCCUUGCCGGCAACAUUACAAUAUUGUCACGCAAUAUUGCAAUAUUGAUCGGCUGAUUGCUCUAGCAAAUUGCAACCGACGCGAACAAAUUGCAAUUUUUACCUCGCGCCCAAAUGUCAGAUGCCAAGCAUUUGAUUAGCUUGUUUUGUACUAGCAGGCAGGCUUUAUUUACAAACUUGCUUCCGAAAUCCGAAUCAUAUUAUGAACUUUUGAAUUUUGCAGUUGACGGUUUAAUACUGUUACUGUACGUAAAAAUUGCAAUUUGUUCGCGUCGGUUGCAAUUUGCUAGAGCAAUCAGCCGAUCAAUACUGCAAUAUUGCGUGACAAUGUUGCAAUGUUGUUCGCAAAGGAACACCGGAUUUCACUGUAACUAAUACUGUACUUGUAAAAGAGGUUCAAUUAAUCUAAAAUAAGGUUUUCUUAGCAAUUUAGUUAUGUUGUAUGUAUUUAGUCGAUUGUGCUCGGAAAGAACCUAUUCUUGAAAAGUUCUGUUCUGCACUUGUACAAUGACAAAUUAUAGUUUUGAUGAGCGCAAUCUCUACAGGGUGUAUAAAACAGCUCGGAUUUCGAAAAACAGCUAUUAGUGUCCAGUUUUUGAUGUAUAUAACUUCUUUGGGUACUUAUAUUGUAGAAUAAUGGGAAAAAUUCUCGAACUCAAAUUUUGUGAACCAGGUGUGUGCCUUUUCCAACAAACUAAAAAUGAAAUUUAAGAGCUUUAAUCAUAUUUUGAGUUAAUAGAUGGAAAAUUUGUUGGGUUUUUAAUUACUGUACAAAAUUUCAGACAAUUUGCUUUAGUUUAAGUCCUUUAGCUAUUCAUUUUUUAAAAAUAAUCGGCCUUUCGCAUGCUUAAUUAAUGCCUUUACCUAAUUUGCAUAUUGCUGAUAUAUGCAAAUUAGGCAAAGGCAUUAAUUAAGCAUGCAAUUUUUAGUUUGUUGGAAAAGACACACCGCCCUGGUUCACAAAAUUUGAGUUCGAGAAAUUUUUUUCAUUAUUCUACAUUAUAAGUACCCAAAGAAGUUAUAUGGAUACUGGAAUACUAAUAGCUGGAUACUAAUAGCUGUUUUGCGAAAUUGAGAGCAAAUUCAUAUCUGUUCAGUUUUUUUAUAUACAUGUACACCCUGUAGUCUGGGUCAUAUGUCCCGCAAGAGGGCCCCUUUUAGCGAUCUUCAUUAAGGUUUUCAUACAAGUAUCAUUUCGCCUGUCGUUCAAUCUUGGGCAGCCAACUGACUCCAACUUUCUACUCUGUGAACUGGUGAUUGACAAUUAUUUGUUUCAUGAUAGUAUUAUGCAUAGGAAGCCGUUUCUUGUGACAAGUCGCUAAAUAGAAUUUGUGGUUCAUUAAUUAAUUUCAGGAAAAUUUUCGCUGGGUUCUAAGAAGAAGGAAAAAAAUCACCCAAACAUCAAUCCGGAGAUUCGUUCCAAAGGAGGGUUAUCCUGGGACGUCGAGGUAAGCUUGGGGUAAAGGGUGUUCGGUUGGGAUGUUUGGUGUCACAACGGGUGGUGCAUAACUUUUGAAUUCGCAUUUCAACUAAGUUUUGAAUUUGGAAUUAUUCCCUUACACUAUGGAGGUAUAACGUCGAUCCAUGUCUGCAGCAAUGAUCUGGUUUCCUGUAGCAACACUGAACUAUUUCAUUAAUACAAAGGUCGCAGGGUCUUAGCUGGGAUUUUAGAUCUUGGGCGUGUUUCUAAAUGACUAGGGUGUGCACAUGUCAAUUACCUCAAAUAGCCAAAUUCACAGUUCUAGUUAUGCUCGCCAACAACAGACAAUACUUGUGGUUGUUCUAUGCUUUGCAACCAAAUACAAGGCGAGCAUACGCUCAUAUUGGGCACUGACAUUAAAAUAUUAAGUUAUUUCAGCAACUCUUGGGGGUAUUUAAAACCAUUUUAACACCAUACAGUUCCCAUUAUCCAUCAAAACAUUAAAACAUCACAGAUCACUUUUGCCAAUUUCAACAACAACCGUAGAUUUUACAAACUUUCUUACGACGUACAAUAAAUAGGAAGAAAUUCUGUCCGUUAUGAACCUACACGACCUUAUAUAAAUAAUGAAACCGCGUUCAUUUAAAUAUCUAGCGUGUUUUUCCCCUUUUGACCGCGACAACACGGCCAACACGGCCCUCUAGCUAAGACCCUGAAAGGUCAUAGGUUCGAUUCCCAUGCACCGUGGCCAGGCAUAUUUUUCAAGCUUGCCCGGUGUGGAUAUACACUCAGAGUAACAUCACAAACAUCAUAUUCACCUGGGUACGUAACACCAAUACAGAAAAAAUCAUAUUACUAGAUUGCAAUGGUAUCGAAGGAACUAGACUCAGUUCCGAAAUAUCACAUACUCGAACCGACCUGACCGCGUAGCUCAGUUGGAAGAGAAUUGGGCUAGUAUUCCAAAGGUCGUAGGUUCGAUUCCCACCAUGGCCAGGCAUGUUUUUCAACCUUGCCCGGUGUGGAUAUACACUCAGAGUAACAUCACAAACAUCAUAUUCACCUGAGUACACAACACCAACACAGAAAAAAUCACUGAAUUAUAUUUAUUUGUGACUUUUACUGCACCUCUACCGGGAACAAUUUAGAACAAUAUAGAGCUAUCCAGUAUAAAUAAAGGUAGUUUCUUCCUGUAGUAAUACUGGAUCAAUAAGCGAUGAAUUAAUAGUGCUAUCCAGUAUAAACAACGUCCGUUUUGGAUUAGUUUAUAGAAUGUAAUGCUCAGAAAUGUUUUAUUUGUUUCAAGGUUGAGGACCACCGUAUUAUGACAAUGAUCAAGUGUUUCUUGGUACUGUCUGUCGAGUCGUUCGUACUCAUUGAUGUCACAACUAGGGUAAGAAAGAUUUGAGACAUCUAAUGAGUUUAUAUAAUGGAUAUUAUGAGUUGUAAAAUACUCUCCUGAUCCAUUCUUGCUGAGUUUCUCCUUUCUCCUAAUUAAAUGUUUCUGAUGUUUAGGAAGCGAUCUUUUAUAUUCCCUGUAAAGCCAUAAUUGGAUGGACACCAAUGUCAAGGAAGUAAGUUUACCGAUUACGUGCACUCCUGUGCUUCAAAAAAGUUUUUUUCCCCCAUUGCCUUCAGAGAAUUGGGCAACGACACCCUGUUUAAUCGUACUGGGUGUCACUUUUUAUAACUAAAUCUCAAAUAAAACGAUCUUUAGGCUGAAGAUUUUCCACGGUGUCGGAGAUUGCUUAGUGUUAAAUUUACCGAGUCCGGAGGAUAUUCCCAGCAUCGUUAGAAGACUUGAGAUGGUUACGAUUGGUUGUCAGGUUUGUAUGUUUGUUGUUUGCUUGCUUGCUUGCUUGUUUGUUUGUUUGUUGUUUGUUUGUUUGUUUGUUUGUUUGUUUGUUUGUUUGUUUGUUUGUUUGUUUGUUUGUUUGUUUGUUUGUUUGUUUGUUUGUUUGUUUUGCUUGUUUGCUGGUUUGCUUGUUUGCUUGCUUGUUUGUUUGCUUGCUUGCUUGCUUGCUUGCUCGCUCGCUUGCUUGUUUGUUUGCUUGUUUGCUUGUUUGUUUGCUUGUUUGUUUGUUUGUUUGUUUGUUUGUUUGUUUGUUUGUUUGUUUGUUUGUUUGUUUGUUUGUUUGUUUGUUUGUUUGUUUGUUCGUAUGAACAAACACUCAUUGUUGCGAUUACUUAGACAAUAUCGAUGACUCUACGACGGCACAACAAUGGUCAACUUGGUUUCAAUGUCCACAAUGAAGGAAUGGUGGUCGAUGUGGAACAGAAUGGUCUAGCUCAAGUUGCUGGUCUGAGACAAAGUUCUCGUUUAGUGGAGGUUUGUAAAAUAUCAGGAUCUGGGAAUCUCACUCGAUAUAAUCAAUUGUUGAAGGGAAUGGACCAUUUGCAUUAUAGACUAAAUUUUGAUCUAAACAAGUCUAGAUAAAAAUUCCAUCACAGCUUGAAAGAGCAUCACAAAAUUAGUAAUAUUCCAAAGUUUUGUUGCGAAAUGUUGUAAAAUGCGGAUAAUAUAGCCUUGUGAAGGCUAUAUUAUCCGCAUUUUACAACAUUUCGCAACGAAACUUUGGAAUAUUACUAAUUUUGUGAUGCUCUUUCAAGCUGUGAUGAAAUUUUUGUCUAGACUUGUUUAGAUUAAAAUUUAGUCUAUAAUGCAAAUGGUCAAUUACUUUGUGAAAUAUACAUGCACACUGGAAUUACUCUCAAUACGAAUACUUGGUUACUUUUAUGCCCGUAUUAGAGAGAUUUGACCGUAUUGGUUCCUGUCUAUAUUUUCCCGAAGGUACAUGCAAUAUUAUGUCAAGGUGACCGAUGUCAAGGCAAUCGAUAUACCUGUACAGACUGACUUGCAUAUAGCACACAAUAUUGGCCCAGCUGUUGAAAGAGUUUUUUGUAGAUGAAAAUGCAUGAAUCCAGCUAUAUAGACUAAAUUUUGAUCUUGGCAAGAAGAACAAAAUCCAUCACCACAGCUAGAAAGAGCAUGUUAACAUUAGGAAUAUUGCAAAGUUUGGUUGCGAAAUGUUGUUGUAAAAUGAGGAAAAUAUAGCCGUGCGAAAUUUGAAAAUUUUGUAUUAAUUUGUAUUACGCACGGGAAAAUGCAACACUUUCGGCCCAAAUGUGCUGCAUUUUCCUGUGUGUAAUACAAAUUAAUACAAAAUUUUCAAAUUUCACAGGACUAUAUUUUCCGCAUUUUACAACAUUUGGUGGAAAUCAGCCUUAACCAGGCGCAGCUGCGAAAAAUGGAACUAUACAAUUUAACGCAAUAUAAUUUACAAGAAAUAUAAUUAACACCAAAAAUUUCUACAUAAAACCUUUAAUUCAGUGGAGUAAGAUACCCAUGCAAAAUGCUGAUACUUGAUAUUGAUCCAGACUAUUUCCAAUCUGCGAGCGUGUCUCAUUCGAGUCUUCCGAGACUAAACGCGUGAACACGUAUAUUGGCUUGUCUCUGCUUUCGCCGCAUUGGGCGUAUAGUUUAUGAUCGUUUCCACCCAAAUAACAUUUUCGGAUAACUCGCAUACAGAUAACACUGUUCAUGUAAUUGAACAAAGGUAGCAAACCUUUUACAUUAUGUGUCUCAGCGAAUCGGUUGGCAACGUAUGCAAUGAAGAUAUCACCUGGAAUUCAAAGCGUCAGUAAUAAACUUUGAGCUGGUUGAAAUUUUGGUGAGACUUGAUGUGAGCUUUGGCUAGCUUGACCGAUAAUAGCCAGUCAACUUUCAUGCAAACUCUCGCUUUUCAACUCUUAUCAACUCUCAUUCUCUUUUCACGGUGUUGUUAUACGAGGCCUACUGUGUUCAUAUCACCGUCUCUGUCAUGUUUAGAUCUCCAGCCAGGCAGUGGCGAUGAUGUCCUACGAAGACAUGAUUGCAGAACUUCGUCGUCCAGGUCAUGUGCCUGUUGUGGUUAUUCCACCUUUCCCCAGUGGCAAGCCAAGAAAGUAAGUCAAGAGUUUCAACUAAAUAGUUUGGUGAAUAUGUAGCUGGUUUAUUGAUGGAUUAGAUUAUUUAUUAUAAGAAAUACACAUACAGCUAGAGCUAUGAUUGAAGGAUUCGACAACAGAACUAGAAUCCCAUACUCAGUCCAUCCAUCUAAUACUAAGACACGACUAAAAGGUUAUGUAUUACCUGAAUUAUAAUUUACUGAUGCAUUAGGAAUGGUAUAUAUAUAUAUAUAUAUAUAUAUAUAUAUAUAUAUAUAUAUAUAUAUAUAUAUAUAUAUAUAUAUAUAUAUAUAUAUAUAUAUAUAUAUAUAUAUAUAUAUAUAUAUAUAUAUACUUAGUUUUAGAUGCAUUAAUUGCAGUGAGGACUAACAUGACCAGGCAAAAAACGUUUCGGCUUGGCCAGACAUUUGUCCUUCGAAGUCAAAUAAUUAUUUCCAAAUAGGUCUGCUAUUGAUCUCGUUGUAUUAUCCAUUCACAUCAUGAUGUAUUAUUUUUUUCAAAUCAGAGGUGUUCAACUAGCAGCUGUGAACUACAACGCAACCGCAGAGUCGCUGAGUACGUUCCGUGCGUCCAAGUCCCAGCAAUCGCUGGACCGCAGUCCACACUCGAGCAUACACGAGGCCGAACACUCUCACUACUCAAGUACUUCCACUGUCAGAGUAUUUGAUUCCACCCAGGAUCUUCCUCCGAAGGACGUGGACGAAACGAAAGCAAAUGGCACACCGUGGAUACGAAGACCUGGUUCCCCUGCUAACAGUGAAGACAAGUAAGGAAAAUUAUCAUUUCUGUUAGGAGGAUGUUUUAAGUCUUGCGCUGCAGGGCUCAAAAUAACGGCCGGUCAACGGUCAAAAAUGCCUCUUGACCGGUCACUUUAUUAUCUCACCGGUCAUUUUGGACCGGCCACAUUUUCAUGCCUUCCGAUGUGAUCGCUGACGUCUUGAAUUAAAACAUGAAACUAUAAUAUAUCGAAACAAGUUUCUAAUAGUUUGUUUCACUGUUAGUGUAAGCGUAUCAAUGACUGGUCAAAAACAGAUUUUGACCCAGCUAAAAUCAAGUUGACCGAUCAUUUUGACCGGAGACCUGUCUCCCGUUAUUUUGAGCCCUGCCCUGACUACGACGCAAGCAUAAGCACAAGCAUAAGAGGGAUCAAACGUAUUGAUUUCUUAUGUCCUGUUUUCACUAUAUAAACAUAAGCAUAAGAAUAUCAAAACGUUGCGUUCUUUCCCUUACGCUGUGUUGUUUCUUACAUAGAGAUUAUAAAUAACACUAGAGGGGGCAUCGAAUCUUAAUUCAGUCUGAGAAAGGGAACGCGGCUAUUGGCGGCAAAAAAUUAAAAUGCUAAAAUAAGAGUGAGUUUGAGCCAAAAUCUCUAAUCGUUUGUUUAUGGCAGUUACGUCCCGUUUUGAUUUUUAACAAAAAUUUUUACUUCAAUUUUGUCUAUAACACAUUUUUGAGAGCUCUCCAAAAUAAUGCUGAUGUCAGCAAUUUUGAUCUUUCAAGAGGAGGUAAUCGCUUGAAUUCAAAAUGAGGGGAUUUUUAUAGUAAUGACAUGCAAAACAUAUAAAACACCCAGUUUUGUGACUAUUGUUUUAAAUCUUUCUGAUUUCAAAUGUAACCCAAGAAUUAUGUGGUGUUCAUCCGGGAUCUUAAUCCCCCCCCCCCCUCAUUACUGCGCUACCAAAUUUCACCCUCGAUGCCCCCUCUAGUGUUAUUUAUAAUCGCAAUGAUUUCUUAUGCUUGCGCUUCAUCUUAUGUUGUAGUGAGGACACAGCGAGAACAACACAUGCAUAAGAACAUCAAAGCAUUCUUCUUCCUUAUACUUAUCAUAGAUAUCUUAUAUAAACUAGAUAGCGCAUCUCUUUUAGUAAAAUUGAAGCCAAGAAUAUUCCAGCGGUUACCCCCCAUUUGAAUAGAUGGCGGCCAUGUUGGAGUUUCCCACUCGCUAAUAAACGCUUAAAAAACAACAAUAACUUUCAUCAUUUGAGUAGUUUGAAAAUGUAUUUGGAAUAGGUUUAACUUAAUGUUUAAGUUCCCUGUUUAAGAAAUAGAAAACAUACGAGUCUUCUCAUUUCAUGGGAAUAUCCUGAGUCUGCUAUCACGGCUUCAAUUGCAGAAUAAUUAGAUGCACUAUCUAGUGUGUAUAAGAUAUCUAUGGUACUUAUACGCUUGCAUUGUGGUGAGGACCAGGCUUAGCGUGAUAGGAUGUUGGUGGUUAGUGCAUGUGUUUGUCACGUGUGUGACAGGCGUUUGAUUCCUGUGAUAUGCAGUUGUCUGAUUUAAUUUCACCUCAGUCGCACGUGGGAAGAAUGCUUUCUGCCGGUGGCAAUGCUAGCCAUAGCAACAGGUCAUGCUAUGCAAAUUUUCAAUGAUUCGCAUUAUUCAAACUUUUCGAUAUAUAUUGUCUUGAAACUAUUUAUAGAUGCAGGUUUAUUAGCAUAGAAUGACCAGUUGCCAUGGCUAGCUUGCCACUGCUUCCUGCGCAGCUUUUCUUCGGGUACAUCGGUUUCCUCCUGUAGUAGCACUAGGACAAUAUAGGAUGACACUUACUGCAGACUCUCUAGGGGAAAGAACUAUUUAAAACUGAUAAAACUAUAAAAAGAAAGCUAACACUGCGACAAUUUUGGCUGGUACUUACUGCAGAUUUUCUAGGGGAAAGAACUGUUUAGAACUGAUAUAGCUACCCAGUAUUAACAAAGCUAGGUUAUGUUUCCUUAUGUAGUAACACUGGGACAGUAUAUGGUGGCACUUAUUGCAAGCGCUUUGGGAGAGAGGACAGUAUGCCGCUUCCUGUAGUAACAUUGGAGUAACAAAGAAUUACCUUUACAAUCUCUAGGAGGAACAGAUAUCCUGUUGAAAUAAAUUAUAUGAUAUGCAUCUACGUACUGAGAUUGAGUUAAACUACAUAGUUAUGAAAUAGGUCGUAUUUAUGCCGCGACAACAUCGAUUAUGUAAUUUAAAUCUGGACAAACAUUCUUAACAUAGUUUAUAAUCUUCCAGGUACUCAGAACACGACAGCCCGGUGAGGUCAGGAUAUACGCACGAACGUAAUACAUCGUCAAAUUAUGGCAGUAGCUACACACUGACGGGUAAACGACCUGGAAACGACGCCAACGGUGGGGAGACUGUGCUAUCACUGAAAUAUAUACCCAGACCUGACCACUCUACUCCUAGGACGGCAGAGAACCGCAGGAUUGAUGAAUACAAAAGCCCGGAAUCACAAACCAGAACUUAUCUUUAUACACGGACGCCUCCGAAAGACAAGCGAGCUGCGGCAGAUUUACUUCAGUCAAAGUUAAGUGCACAUACUCGCACUGAUCCCGGCCAUCCCCGAAAUUUCCACCGCGCCCCUCCGUACACUGGUCCAAAACCGUACCGCCCCCCGGAAUAUACACCUCAAGACGAACGACGUGCUAAUCAUCAACACAAACCCAUCCCGCUAAAAAAACCUACGGGGUUGGAAGGGCUACAUCCACAGCUUGAAAUAUUCCACUCGAGGUCGAAAUCGGAACCCUGGGACCCAGGGUAUACCCAAGAUGGCCUUAGACGGACGUACAAAGAAACAACCCUCGGACCACAUAUCACGACUGUCGAGACUUUCCGAGACAGUUACGAUAACGCCAUGUCGGAUACUGUCGAUCAGAUUGAGAAAGCUUUCGGAGGGCCGUCGGCUCAUACCGAUCAUUCGCCGUCUACGCGGCGCACGCGGAAGAAUCGUAGACCACCGGCAGUACCUCGCCUGGUCGACUCGGAGAACUAUUUAUCAAGCACUUCGAAUGAGUCUCUGCCCACAAGCGAACCUUACAGUGAUUCCGAACGUGAACGAAGCUCGAGCGGACCCAAAAAACCCGUCUCGUCCAAACGGCUUGUCAGUAAGAAGAUCGGCGUGCGUGCCGAGAUCACAAGCACCACGGCAAAGAGCCCCGGGGCAAUUGACACUCAUAAUACCCGGGAGGUCGGUUCUCAGAGCAUCCAAAGCUCGACCACUGUAUUUGUGCGAUCGAAAUCGAACGAGGCGCCCGCCGAAAACACUGGGAGUUUAAAACGAACCCCUCGUGGUCAAAGUAACACUUUACCUCGAACUGUAAAUCGUGAAGAGGUCACCAUUUCUCGUGAAAAUCCUGGGGCGAGUACCCCCCGGAAAAGGCAAGGACUUAUCCGCGAACAUUCUCAGACCGAUAACGCGUACGUGUACUCCCCCCGGCCCUUCCAUAUGCAGGGAGUCCAUACCCGGGGGGCAAGUCUGGAAACGGAGGCGUUUCAGUUUCCCGAUCCGGACACGAGACGUAUUCGCGACGAAAAGCAGAAAGUUGUUUCGCAAACGAAAAUCUGUUUGAUGUCGCCGACCGGAAGUACGGCGCAGCAGAGUGGCGAAAACUCUGUCCAAGGCUCCGCGCGGUCACCGAGGGUACCGGAGAAAGAUACCCGGAGUAACAAAGUCCCGUACUUUGUAAAGAACAAACAGCACGCGGGGAUAACCCCGGAGUUAGUAGACGAACGGAUUUCUAAGAUAGCCGGAAAACAGAGGUCUAAGUCAUCGCCCGAUGCAGGAAGGCGACAAAGCCGUGAAGGUGAUCCGACUUCGAACCGACGAACUCCAGGUGACGGCGCGCAAAUCAAGCAAUAUGAUUCACAGUCUUCGCUGAGUAAAGACAGUAAGGGUGAUCCAUUAUUAAGCGAAGUCUCGUAUCUCCUCAGUGCUACUGACGCGAUGUCUAAAGAUGCGUCCUCGACGCUCGCGCACACUGAAAAAAUGUUAGCCUCGUGGGAGAAAGUUUUGUUGAAAACGAAAGACGAGAUCGACGGCGGGCAUGUUAAGAAAAUGACGCACUCCAAUACGACAUCAAAUUUGAGAACGAGGCUACCAUCAGGUGAGAUUCACUUUAUUUUUCAAAAUAUUUAAUAUUGAACUUUCUCUAGCCUCAUUUCAUUAAUAGACUUUUUUGUGUUAUUAAUGACGCGAGCUGUUUAGACAAUACAUUGUAGUCUUUGAACCUGAUGUUUUGGAGUAAACUCCGAAACGUGGUUUUUAGUGCAAAGUUGACAUCGUCGAGGUGAACUAGUUAUCAAUGCAACCUAAAAAAGCAAAAGAAAUUUCGGCAAACAUGAUAUUACUCGGAAUAAAUAUAACUUUGCUAACUUAUGUGGUAAUUUUAACCCCCUUCUUGACUUCUAAUGCUAUUUCCUGACUUGCAGACAAAACAUUCAACUGUCAGCUUACUUGACGCUGUUUUGAUUUUUCUAUUUUGUAAGAUGGCACACCAAUCACCGUCACGAUGGGACUCGGCAAGGCAGCCAUGAACAGCGCUCCAAGAAGACACAGCUUUGAUGAGAGAAUUCUAUCUUUGAAUAACACGCCUGUUGAGGUAAGAAUUUAUGUGGAUUGAGGGAUACUGUACAACUACCUGAAAAAUAUACCCAGAACUUCUGGGUAGCCAGAACAUCGACGUUUCGAGCGAAGGCCCUUAUGAUAAUUUAUACGGGAGAUUUUUUCACAGAGCUUGAGCAGGGUUCGUAGCGGUCUUUGAAAUCCGUGAAAGUCUUUAAAUUUGAAUGCAGGUCUUUAAGGUCUUUGAAAAGUCUUUGAAGUGUGUGAAAAAGCGAAGAAAGUCUUUAAAAGUCUUUAAAUUCUUUAGUGAUUAUUUGAUUAUACGAUUUCCUAGCUAAUGAAAUAGAUUGACGAAAAAGUGCAUUUUAGGAUGUGAUUUGACGGGACUAAUUACCUGGUAAAAAUGGUGCUUAUACAUCGCAAUUUUUCGACACCUGAUUGCUCUCGAAGGUCUUUGAAAAGUCUUUGACAAUAGACAGAAAAAAUCUUUGAAAGUCUUUGAAAUUUUUUGGUCUUGGAGACUACGAACCCUGUUGAGGUGUUUUAUACAAUUAACAGCUUUCACGUAAUUAUCGCCUUGACUUUCUCUUAAAUAUAAAUUUGUGUCCGUUUGAAAAGUAUUAAUAUAAUACUACUGUUCAAACGGACUGAGCGCCAGGGCUCUUCCCUUCAAACUGUUUAAAGAGUAAAAUUGUCUGGCGUUAGACAUAUUAUAAUGAUAAAGUAUGGCGCAUUUCGGAGCAAUGGAACUUAAUGGGUUAAAUAGAUAUAUGGGCAGAUUGAUUAAUCUUUGAAGGAUUUUGUAGAUGGAAAUUAUCCGAGUGGGAAUUUAUGUACAUUUAUUAGACUUAACCAGGAAAAUGCAACUAUGGGUUCCUGGCCGGAAUCAAACCUGCGGCCCAGAGUUGAUAUAUAUAUGCUAUGCUUGUGUGAUGUUACUCUGCGUGUAUAUCCACACCGGGAAGGCUUGGAAAAUAUGCCUGGCCACGGUGGGAUUCGAACCUACGACCUUUGGAAUACUAGCCCAAUGCUCUGCCAACUGAGCUACACGGUCAGAUCGGUUCGAGUAUGCGAUAUUUCGGAACUGAGUCUAGUUCCUUCGAUAUCAGUGUAAUCUAAUAAAUAUCAGUGUAAUCAAAUAUCAUGAUCAUUAGAUUACACUGAUAUCGAAGGAACUAGACUCAGUUUCGAAAUAUCGCAUAGGCCUAUAAAUUUCACUUUAAAAAAAAUCUCCAGCCAUCAAGUGAGAAAAAUAAAAAAUUUCUUCUAUAGGUGUACAAAAAUAUAUAUAUAUUACCUCUUAGAACCCCCCAUCACUUUUCAAAUGGUCCGUCCCUAAAUGUAUAUAAAUUUCCACUCGGUAAUUUCCAUCUACAAGACCCUUUAACUAUUAUAUUCAAUCGAGUGAAAUGCCAUCAAAAUGUUGAGAUUGAUUAACCCAUUAAUCGCAUUGCUCUCUCUUGACAAGUAAAAUCGUCUGGCGUUGGACAGAGUAAAAUGAGUGAGGCGCAUUAAGAGGCAAUGUAACUUUAUGGUCAAGGAGAAAUUGCGACAGUCGAGUUAAUUUAUGGGCGCUUAUUUCCGUGGUUAUCGAGACAAUGAUACGGUGCUCUUUUUCUUUCUAUUUUGCUUAUGAAAUAAUGAGUUUGAGAAUAGUGCUUCACUUUCCAUUCUUCCAACCGUGUGAUUUUCUAGACUAUCGUCAUGACUAAAGUAUUUUACUAAAAUUAUGUUUUAAAAUCUUCUCUGUAGAGUAAAGAAAGUAUGUCAAGUUCACGUCAAACGUAAGUUCUUUAGUAUAAUAUGCACGUAAUUUAUCAUAUUGACCCUCGAUAAAACCUAAUUCUUAGAGAAUUAGCGCAAAUGCUGUACGUGUAAAGAUCCAUUCUGACUAAUGUAUUUGUCUUCAACAGAUUAUUAUCUUCGAAAGAUGGUUUCUAUCGAAUAUUCGAAUUGGAAAGCAAAGUAACAGAGUUGUCUUUCUUCUUGCAAAAGGUACAAAUUCAUUGUUUUAAGACCCCAGUUACACGAUACCGGAUUGGGAGCGAGUCGAGCGACAUCAACUAUAAGACGCUUUUCGGCCUCUUACAACUGUUCAUAUUUGAAGUUUUUGACUAAAUCUGUUAUAUUAUCAUAAUUUUAAGUGCUAAACCUCCCUCGUAACUGUUAGACGUAACUGUAAAAUUUGAUGUCGCUCCGAUGCAAAUCCGGUAUCGUGUAACAGCCUAAAGCUACCGAUGUUUUCUGUCUGCAGACUUAUGCAUGACGCAAUUGAAUACCAUACUAGGCCGUGACAUGGCAUAACACAUGAUAUAUCAAUGUCAAACUCUAUGAUAACUUGUCUUAUACAAUGCUUUGCCAUAUCAUACCAUACUUCGCCUUACAAUACCACACCAUAUCAUAUUUUGCCAAACUAUACCAAACCUGACAAUAUUUUGUACCAUAACAGUAAUCAUCUGUCAUAACUUCUUUCAUACUAUAUCAUACCAUAAGACGACAUAUAUCAUACCACACCAUACACCAACAUACCAUACCAUACUCAUAUACUACACCAUACACCAACAUACCAUACCACACCAUACCAUACCAUACCAUACCAUGCAUACCAUACCAUACCAUACCAUACCAUACCAUACCAUACCAUACCAUACCAUACCAUACCAUAAAAAAUACUCGAGGUGCAGGCGAGUGUAUAAUACUCGAGGUGCAGGCGAGUGUAUUUUUACGCUUUCUAAAGUCGAGCAACAUCCCAAGUGCAUGGAUCACGCUAUCCUGUUUGGAAAACCAUUUGGUAAUUGUUUUAUAAAAUAACUACAGUGAAACAAUGACAUUUUGAGAAUCCCGCGAAGGCAUUUAAUUCCUCGUGCAGGAUAGCCUGAUCCUGCACGGCUAUUGACCAAUCAAAUUGCGUGUUUCACUGUAGUUAUUAUAUUAAACACAAUACCAUACCAUGCCAUACUAUACCACACACUACAAGAUCAUACCAUGUCAUACAAUACCAUACAUCUUACAUAUAUCUUACCAUACAAAACCCUAUUAUACCAUUUUACAUGAAAACGAAAAACCAACCCUUACUUUAUUCUUCAGGAGAGAGAGGAAAAUAUCGAACUAAAACGAAAACUUAUGAAACUCGAGAAAGGUCGAACAUCGAGAAGAUAACCCUAUAUGUGUCCAAGUAUUUUAAAUUGUGAUGAAUUUUAACAAUUUUAAAUUGACAGUUAGUUUAAUAUUGUGUUCUGAAUUAAGAAAUUAUCAACGUAACAUACAAAUAGCAGAUGCUUAAUAUACGGGGUAGGUUUCAUUAAGCGUUAUGCCGCGGCAGAUUGUGGUCAACUUUGGAACUUUUAGCACUUAUAAGGCUAUUUACACUAUCUAAGUAAUUCUGUGAUCACUGUAGGAAUUUUGCAUAGGUAAAGUUGUGAAGAAUUUGAUUUCUUACAAUUUUGAAUUUACCUAUGCAAAAUUCUUAAGCCCAGGGCAAACUAGGAAACAUUGUUGUGGAAACAUUUGUGAUUCUCGAUGUUUCCUCAAAUGUUUCCAUGUUUGCCCACCCGUGGAAACAUUGUUGCGGAAACAAAAUUUGCUUCCCGAGAAACAAAAAUGUUUCCUAGCAAAUUCAGAAACAUUUGAUGUUUCCCUAUGUUUCCCACUAAUGUUUCCUAGUGUUUGCCCACUCUGGGAAACAUGGCGAAACAUUGGUAUAGGAAACAAUGUUUCCGCAACAAUGUUUCCUAUAGUUUGCCCAGGGCUUUACUGUUAUCACAGAAACGUUGAUAGUAUAAACCAGCCUUUAUAAGAGCAAGAAAGCAAACUAAACUACAUCUUGCAAGCAAUUCAAUUUAUUUGCUUGAAUACAAGACUACUACGUAAUAUUUCAUAAUCAUAUCCAACUAUGAGGACUGGACUAGAUUUUAAGUCCGCGCAAUGGACCUUUUGCAUAAAAGACUAAAAUUUGAUCUAAACAAGUCUAGACAAAAUUUCAUCACAGCUUGAAAGAGCAUCACAAAAUUAGUAAUAUUCCAAAGUUUCGUUGCGAAAUGUUGUAAAAUGCGGAUAAUAUAGCCCUGCGAAGUUUGCCGUUUUUCAGUCAUUUUGUGUUACAAACGGGAAAUUGACAGCCCCAAUAGGGUAUUGGGCUGUCAAUUCCCCCCGCGUAAUGCAAAAUGACUGAAAAACGGCAAACUUCGCAAGGCUAUAUUAUCCGCAUUUUACAACAUUUCGCAACGAAACUUUGGAAUAUUACUAAUUUUGUGAUGCUCUUUCAAGCUGUGAUGAAAUUUUUGUCCAGACUUGUUUAGAUCAAAAUUUAGUCUAUAAUGCAAAUGGUCCAUUUGAUUUGACUUGAAAUCUAGUCGAGUCCCCGAAUUGGAGGAUUUGGAAUUACAUCUCAUACGACUAAAUCACUACUCGAAGUGAGGUGAAUUAAUUUUGAUCUAGUCCAAGGACCGACUUAAUUGACCACGUACCAUUUGCUGAAACAAUAGUGCUUAAUGAAACUUGACUGUAUCAAACCUGUCAGCAUAGAGUUAACCGUCUGAUAUUUUUAAAUGCAGAUUUUAUUUCUAACAAUUGUACAUAUAUAGACCAAUAUACAAUGAGAUAUUUUAAGUCAAGUAUGUUUUAGCGACGUGCUUAAAGCAUAAAGUGUAAUAGUUACAGAUUUUAAAUAUGAAUGGACAUUUAUUCUUGGUUUGCACCUGACGUCGUGUCGGCCAUUUUGGAGGAUCGUCAGCACAAGAAUAUCAUUAGCAGCUAUUGCAUUUGAACUGUGUUUUCCUCAAACAUGGCCGACAUUGUCUCAAGGAAUUGAAUGCAAACCACCAAUAGAUGGGCAGUUUCAAUUCUGGAAUAGUUUAGUUUGUAAUAACGCGAGAGAAUUUCUAUCGAGGACCAGAGAAUACUUGCCUUUAUAUUAAUAUAUAUUUAUAUUUGUCGUGUAUAAAUAUUGUCUAUAUUUGUGAUGUAGUUUAGUAUUACCCAGGAUAGAAAAUUUGUUUGAUGUUCAGGCCACUGAUCUAG